AUGACGUUCAGCUUGGUAGAUUGGACAUUUGAGAUAUUUUGUAAUGAUAUUCUCGGUAAUGAUGAUGUGACAGGUAUGACAGUGAUGUUUCUCUACUCUAUUAAUUAUAUUAUUGAUAAUAUAAUUUUAAGCAUUUACAAUUCAAUAUACUUAUAUAUUACUCCCUCUAUUUCGAGUAUAUUUAGUUAGUUUUAAUUUCUUAAAUUGUAAAUCAAGCUUCUACACGACUGAAUGUAAUUUAAAAUGAUAGAUCAUUUUUCUAUCUACACAGUUUGUAAUCUUAGAACCUACAUUUGCUUAUUCCUAUUUAUUACAAUUUAUGCACUGUUCUACUAUAAUCUUCUUUUCAGCCAUUAUUAGUUUCAUCAAAUUUUACGUCUACAUUCGUAUAUCUUAAAAUCAGACUCAUGCCAAUUAUAAAUGAUUAUGAAAUAUGUACAUAUUUAUUUGCACGGUCCAAUAAAUAAAUAACAUUCGAUUAAGGAAGCAAAAACUAACUUUCAUCCGGGCAAAACUCUCUCCUGGUAUAGCCAUUAUUAGUUUAAAAACUCUCCUCGGAUAGAUUCACUGUCUCGACGAUCUCGUUAACGGCAUCGCCGCAUUUCCAUCGAACGCAAAAAUAGUCUGCUUGCCUUUCAACGCCAAAAAAUAUCGAACAAUCCUUUACGCUGGUACCUUUAAUGAGCGUGAUUUUCAUCCCCUCGUUGUUACCGGAGAGUAAGAUUACCGCUCGCCGGUGGUUGAAGCCCACUUCAGAGUUGGUCAGGCAUUUUUAAUUAGUUUAAUUUUCAGCCUUUUAAUUGGUUCAAGAGCGCGGAACUGUUCCAGAAAAUUCGGAAAGUUUGCCAGUCUCUGAACUGUCUACUCGGAACGAGUGGUUCCUACCGCUUUUCACCGGCUUUAUCUUCGCGUACCUUUCAUUCUUCCUCUUUGGCCGCCACUCCCUUCCUCCCGCCAUCCUCACCUUUUAUUUCAUCCCUGUUGGCGGUUUUCCGCCUCUGAAAAUUUGUGUUACGCCGAACUUCCCCUCCGACCGCUGUCCCAAUUUUGAUAAAUUUCAAUUAAAAUUGGUAUUAACGUUGGAUUUCAUUACUAAUACCCCUCGUAUUUGUUACGUGGACAUCAUUCGUUGUGGCGCGAAUAUAAAUUUAUAUAACAAGCCGGUAAAUCAAUUUAUUGCGUAAGAAAAUUGUGGUUUAAAAUUCAUACGAUGUUUAAUGAAUUUCAAGUAAAUUAUUUAGUAAUUAUUUAAUUAUAUUACAUUUUUCUCUGUCGUAAGUUGAAUGAUAUGUUAUAUCAGAUUGAUAUCGUAGAACAAAAGUUUAAAAUUUUUAUUCAGCGAUAA